UACACACAAACACACACAUACAUACAAAGACAGUCCAGUCAUCCCAUACCAAAGUGCAAUCUAUUUAAAUUGAAAUCAAACACAGUUCCAAUAGCCAAGCCCAGCAGCGUCCUCCAACAUGCAGUCGAUGAAAGCCAACGAACUGCCGGAGAAUCCACGCGAGACCUCCAAUCCCCUCUCGACGUUGAUGUUCUGCUUCGCCAUGCCCGUGCUCUUCAAGGGCAGGAAAAAGACCCUGGAGCAAAAGGAUCUGUAUCGGGCACUCCAGGAGCACAAGUCAGAUUCACUGGGCGAUCGACUGUGCGCUGCCUGGGAUGAGGAGGUGGCAAAAAAUGAGAAUCCCCGCCUGGGACGCGUUAUGACCAGAGUCUUUGGAUGGCACUUGGUGGUCACUGGCGUGCUGCUGUUCCUCCAGGAAUUUCUCACCAAGGUCACUCAGCCCAUCUGUCUGUUUGGAAUAAUGGCCUACUUUUCCGGGGCCGAUGAGGAUCUGUUCAAGGCGCAGCUCUAUGCCAGCGGCCUCAUUGCUGCCUCCGUGUUUACGGUGUUCUUUGGGCAUCCCUAUAUGCUGGGACUCCUACAUCUGGGCAUGAAGAUGCGCAUUGCUCUGAGCAGCCUCAUCUACCGCAAGUCCCUGCGCCUCAGUCGCACUGCCUUGGGGGACACGACGGUGGGCCAGGUGGUUAAUCUGCUCUCCAACGAUGUGGGACGCUUCGACAUGGUCCUCAUCAACGUGCACUACCUCUGGGUGGCUCCACUGGAGCUCAUUGUCGUCACGUACCUCAUGUACAUUGAGAUUGGCGUUUCCUCGCUGUUUGGCGUUGCCGUGAUGCUCCUCUUCCUGCCCUUUCAAUCCUAUUUGGGCAAGCGGACGAGCGUCCUCCGCCUGAUGACUGCCCUGAGGACGGACGAGCGUGUGCGGAUGAUGAACGAGAUCAUCUCGGGCAUUCAGGUGAUCAAAAUGUAUGCCUGGGAGAAGCCGUUCGGGAAGCUGGUGGAGUACACGCGCUUCAAGGAGAUGCAAUGCAUCAAGCAGGUCAACUACAUCCGCGGCAUCCUCAUCUCCUUCGCCAUGUUCCUGUCGCGCAUCUUCGUCUCCACCAGCCUCAUAGCCUACGUGCUCCUGGGCUAUGUCCUGACGGCCGAGAAGGCCUUCUUCGUCACCGCCUACUACAACAUCCUGCGGCGAUCCGUGACGAUGUUCUUCCCGCAGGGAAUCUCGCAGUUCGCGGAGCUGCUCGUCUCCAUCCGCCGCCUGGAGACGUUCAUGCACCAUCCGGAGACGCAGGUGCGCGACAAAUCCCUGCUGCAAAAGGAGCAGCCCGCGAGUGGAGACAGCCCAAAGAGCAACGGCCUGGCCGAGAAGCUGCUGGCCUUUGAGGGGUUCACGGCCAGGUGGGAGAGCCAGAGUGCAGAGCCCACGCUGGAGAACAUCAAUCUGCAGCUGGGACGCCGCAAGCUGGUGGCCGUCAUAGGACCAGUGGGCGCUGGCAAAUCGAGCUUGAUUCAGGCGGUUCUCGGGGAGCUGCCCGCCGAGAUGGGCAGCCUCAGUGUGCACGGGAGCUACUCGUACGCCUCGCAGGAGCCGUGGCUCUUCACGGGCACCGUGCGCCAGAACAUCCUGUUCGGCUUGGAGUGGGACAAGCACCGCUACCGCACUGUCGUCAAGAAGUGCGCCCUGGAGCGGGACUUUGAGCUGCUGCCCUACGGCGACAAGACGAUCGUUGGCGAGCGAGGAGCUUCGCUCUCCGGCGGCCAAAAGGCGCGCAUCAGCCUCGCCCGGGCGGUGUAUCGCAGGGCAGACAUCUACCUGCUGGACGACCCGCUCAGCGCCGUGGACACGCACGUGGGGCGCCACCUCUUCGAGCAGUGCAUGCGCGGCUACCUGCGCAGCGAGCUGGUCAUCCUCGUCACGCACCAACUGCACUUCCUGGAGCACGCGGAUCUCAUUGUGAUUAUGGAGAAGGGACGCAUCAGCGCCAUGGGCACCUACUCCUCGAUGAAGCGCAGCGGCCUCGACUUUGCCAAGCUGCUGACCAAUCCCAACAAUGUGGACGAUGCCUUGGAUGAGCUGGAGGUGGCGGUGGCGGGGGGCGACCAGAGGGAUCUCCUCAGCGUGCCGUCGCUGAGCAGGCGUGGCAGCGGCAAGAUCAGCCGCCCCACCAGCCGCAACAACAGCUUCACCUCGCUCAGCUCCAUGGCCGAGUCGAUGGCCCAGGAGGCGGCGCUGCAGAUGCAGGAGACGCGGGUGGAGGGCAAGAUCGGCACGGGGCUCUACAAGGAGUACCUGUCGGCGGGCAGCAGCUGGCUCAUGCUCUCCUUCCUGCUGUUCCUCUGCCUGGCCACGCAGAUCCUUUGCUCCGCGGCGGACAUCUUCCUCUCUUAUUGGGUCGACAAAAACAGCAACAAGGCAGAGAUGAGCUCGGAUCCUGCGGACAUGUACUACUUUGCGGCCCUGAACGUGGCCGUCGUGGUCUUCACCCUCGUGCGGACGAUGCUCUUCUACAAGAUGGCGAUGCGCAGCUCCACGACCCUCCACAACGCCAUGUACCGUGGCAUCACGCGGGCGGCCAUGUACUUCUUCAACACGAAUCCCUCCGGCCGCAUCCUCAAUCGCUUCUCCAAGGAUCUGGGGCAGCUGGACGAGCUGCUGCCCAGCGUCAUGCUGGAUGUGGUGCAGGUCUUCCUCACGCUCGCUGGCAUCAUCAUAGUCAUCUGCAUCACGAACCCGUACUACCUGAUCCUCACGCUCGCUCUGGCGAUUAUCUUCUACUACAUCCGCGAGUUCUACCUGAAGACGUCGCGCGACGUGAAGCGGCUCGAGGCGGUGGCCAGGUCCCCGAUCUACUCCCAUUUGGGAGCCACCAUCAGUGGACUGCCCACCAUCCGGGCACUGGGGGCGCAGAAGGCGCUCAUCGCGGAGUUUGACAAUCUGCAGGAUCUGCACAGCUCCGGGUACUACGCUUUCCUGGCCACCAAUCGGGCCUUCGGCUACUACCUGGACUUGUUCUGCACGCUCUACAUCGUCGUCAUAAUUCUGAACUACUUCAUCAAUCCUCCGGAGAGCUCCGGCGAGGUGGGUCUGGCCAUCACCCAGGCAAUGGGCAUGACCGGCAUGGUGCAGUGGGGCAUGCGCCAGUCCGCGGAGCUGGAGAACACAAUGACCGCCGUGGAGCGGGUGGUGGAGUACGAUGAGAUCGAGCCGGAGGGCGAGUUCGAGUCGGAUCCGCAGAAGAAGCCCUGCGAGACGUGGCCCGAGGAGGGUGAAAUCAUUGCCGAGGAUCUCAGUCUGCGCUACUUCCCCGACCCGCAGUCCAAGUACGUGCUCCGGGCCCUCAACUUCCGCAUCCUGCCAUCGGAGAAGGUGGGCAUUGUGGGACGCACAGGAGCGGGCAAAUCCUCGCUAAUCAACGCUCUGUUCCGGCUGUCCUACAUCGAUGGCACCAUCCACAUCGACCACCGCGACACGGCCGACAUCGGGCUGCACGACCUGCGCUGCAAGAUCUCCAUAAUUCCGCAGGAGCCCGUCCUCUUCUCGGGCAGCAUGCGCUACAACCUCGACCCCUUCGAGGAGUACAGCGACGCGAAGCUCUGGGACGCCCUCGAGGAGGUGAAGCUGAAGCCCCUGAUCAGCGAGCUGCCCAGCGGGCUGCAGAGCAAGAUUUGCGAGGGCGGCGCCAACUUCAGCGUGGGCCAGCGGCAGCUCGUAUGCCUCGCCCGUGCCAUUCUCCGCGAGAACCGCAUCCUGGUGAUGGACGAGGCCACGGCCAAUGUGGAUCCCCAAACAGAUGCGCUCAUUCAGGCGACGAUUCGGAGCAAGUUCAGGGACUGCACAGUGCUCACGAUUGCCCAUCGCCUGAACACAAUCAUGGACUCGGACCGGGUGCUGGUGAUGGACGCUGGCCAGGUGGUGGAGUUCGGCUCUCCCUACGAACUCCUGACGAAGUGCGAGUCAAAGAUCUUCCACGGCAUGGUCCUCGAGGGUGGCCAGAGCAGCUUCGAUGGUCUCCUGAAGGUGGCUGAAAAGGCCCAUCUGGAGUCACGCAAGCGCAAGUCGGAGUAGACCCGCCCGCUCCUCAACUAGCUCUAAGCUCAUACAAUAAGUUGUACAUAGUUAAUCGUCCGAUUCCAUUAGUAGGGUCUCAGGAUCAAAGUAGCUUGCCAGUCGCUAAAAUCUAGACCAAAGAUGAAGGCGUAAUGACGCCAGAGCGACGCAGACGCAGAGAUCGGGCUGCCGAAGCUGCAUUUAACUUAGUUGCUACUUAAAGUAUUAUCUUACUCCUCGAUGGGAUAACACAUCAUUCACAAACUA